CCAACCAGCGAGUAUUUUCUUUCAUACCAAACCCCCAUUCACGGAAGUACACACCCGCUGACCGACAUGGCAACUGUGUUGAGGCAGUCUGCAAAGUUAACCUUUUCUGGUUUAUGUUCAUCGUUUUCUGUGCACUGCAGAAAUGGAAGAGCUUGUGCAUUGCCCUAUGUCCAUCAGAGAUACAAUUCAACCGCACCAAAAAUCAAAGUCGAUCUGGACAGCACUUCUGGUAUCGCAGUGAUGAAAUUUCAGAGUCCACCUGUGAACAGCCUUAGUCUGGACUUCCUUACUGAGUUUGCCAUCAGCAUGGAGAAGCUGGAGUUGGACAAGAGCUGCAGGGGGGUGAUUCUUACCUCAGCCCAGCCAAAGGUCUUCUCAGCAGGCCUGGACAUCAUGGAGAUGUACGGGAAGAGCCCGGAACAUGCCUCAGUGUUUUGGAAGGCUGUGCAAGAGAUGUGGCUGAAACUGUAUGGCUCUAACAUGGUGACCAUCGCAGCUAUCAAUGGAUCCAGUCCUGCUGGAGGCUGUCUGAUGUCCAUAUCGUGUGACUACAGGAUCAUGGCCGACAACCCCCGCUACUCCAUCGGCCUUAACGAAACACUACUCGGCAUUGUCGCCCCCUUUUGGUUUAAGGACACAAUGGUCAACACGGUGGGUCACAGGGAGACAGAGAAGGCCCUGCAGCUGGGUCUUCUGUACAGUUCUCCUGAUGCCUUGAAGGUCGGCCUGGUAGACCAGUUGGUCCCCGAGGAGAGUGUCCUCUCUGCUGCCACUGAGGCUAUGACUAAAUGGCUUGCCAUUCCAGACCACGCCCGUCAAAUAACUAAAUCCAUAAUGAGGAAGCCGACCUUAGACAAACUGACAUCAAACCGAGAGAAUGACAUUAAAUACUUUGCUAACUUCAUCACCAAAGACUCCAUCCAGAAGUCACUGGGAAUGUACCUGGCUAUGCUGAAGAAGAGAAAGGCCUGAAGAACGCCGUCGCCAAGACCACUGUGCCUUCUGACCAACUUGCCUAAAAUAAAGCCAUAAAGUGACUGGACAAAGUCUCUACUAAUCCCAUUUGGUAUGGCCUGUCGACUGUAUAUAGAGGUGGACGAUGUGGCUUCAUACCCUUCUAAAUUUGAGAAUCAUUGUUCAUAGGUUGGUUACAGUAACUUAUUGUACUGGUUUGGUCUGUAACUGUCUUUUUGUGAUUUUCUUUCUCCUCAUUGGUUGGUCUUCAGUAAAGUUUUAGAUAUCAGUUGA